AUGAAUUAUUUCGAAAUCGUUGCCUAUGUUAUAAUAGGAAUCGUACUCCUUGGUUCGCUUCUGAUUAUAGCUUCGAGAGUGUUUUGGAAAAAAACUUGUAAUUGGGUCCCAAUGUUAUCAUCGAAAAGUUGUGUUAUUGGUGGAUUCAGUGCAGCUCAUGGUGUUCUUUUGCUUUUUGCGAUUGGUUUUGUGGUUUGUGCAAUGUUAUUGGGUGGAAAUUCGGAAGUAGCAAAAUCGACAGUUCAACAGGAAGUCAAGACUGAAACGAAUAGUGAGUGAAAUAACAAAUUGUGAUGUGUAAAUAUUUAUGACACAAAUAUGAAAUGUUUCAGUUCUCCACCAAAAAGCCGUUUCUGCUGAAAAUAAGUUGUCUUCAAUACCUGACCAGCCUUCUGAGAAUGCCAUCGAUGAAAUGUUGGAUAUUUCGAAAAUGGCAACCAUUCUUCAAAGUAAAUUUCAAUUUGUUCUUCCGGAUGGUAUUGAUUAUGAUCCAUUUUCCAACAGCUAUUUGAAGGUGAAAGCGGAAAGGGAUAAACCGAAAACCUGUAAAUUAGUAAAGGAUUUACCUUCAACUAUCGCAGAUCAAAUUGAAGCACUCGGAACUGCUGUCGGAAACUUAAGAGGUUUCAUUUAUUCUUCCUUUAUUCGCUCAUCUUUCGAAACUAAAAUGAAAAAUCAGCAAAACUCAAAGAAUACUUUACAAGCGGAAAUGAAGAAAGUCGACACUCAUGCUGAUACAAUUAAAAUGGUAAUGUUACUGAAAUGAGCCAUACUCGUUCUGACAAUAAGGAAAAAUAUUUCACGAAUAAAGCUAAUAAAUUGUCAGUAAAUUCAUAAGUUUUUGUGAUAUCUGGUAUUUAUGGAUUAUUUAGAAGUUAUUUACGAUCAGGAUUUUGUUCUCAGAAUUCACAAAACUUCAAAUCCAAUCUAAUAUUUAUAUAUUUUCAGAGUAUGACAAAAGAUUGGAAGAAAUCGCUGGUUCAAUAUAAAAAUGCAGUUGAUAUUAGAACAAAGAAGUUGACUAAACAAGAUAAAUCUAAUCUUCUAUCUGAUAUUGGAUUAUUGUAUGCCCCAUCAGCUGUUAUCAUCAUGUUCAUCAUUGUGUCUGUUUCAACUAACUGGACAAAACCAAAAAGUCGACUCAAUCAAAUUCUUCUGAUUUUAGAUCACAUUUGUUUUGUUUUAAUAGUAUUGCUCAUAUUUGGAUGCGGCGCUUAUAUUAUUUACGGAAUUAUUACAACUGAAAGUGAAACUUCAAUUGAUGAAAACAAUUCAAAAUAUUUCGAUUUUCAAAUUCCAAAAUAUAAUGGUCCAAGCAAAUCCUCGUAUGCAAUUCUAUCAAAAUCUUCUGGAAAUUUAUUCGACUCGCCAAAUGAUGAUAUUUUAAUCCAAGAAUCAACAUUCUUUGAAAAUUGGGAAACAGAACUUGUAAAUGGAUUCAAUUUGGUAUCGAACGACAUUGAAAGCAAGAGGAAGUUCCUCAAAAAUAUUGAAACCAUCUUGGAUAAUUGGGAAACAAUAAAAACCCUAAACGCUCAAUUGUCUGUCAUUUUAGCCUAUUCAAACUGUAGUUCAUCGUUUUCCGUUAUCAAUGAUUUUUUGACUGAAUAUGGCAAAGUUAGCGGAAUCAUGACACAACAUCAAGAUGUAUUGAAUAAAGGCCAACAAUCUUGGAAAGAGUUGCCAAAUAAGUUGAGCGAAAUAGUGAAGGAACGUGUGAAAGUCGUCAAAGACUACAUGGAGAAAAGGAGACAUCACAUCAAUGUGAGUUUGAGCAAAAAACAGUUCUGGAAAAGUUGAAAAAAAGGGUUUUUUUGAAAGCUAAAUUCUUAUCCAAAAGUCGCUUUCAGAAGUAGAAAAGGUUCAUUUGAAGCCUAAAAUGAAUCUUACCCUCAAGUGUUAUGUAAUAUCAAAAUAUUCAACCACUGAGCGUAUACUGCGAUGUUGCAACUUUUAAGCUGAAUUUAAAAUUUCUCCAAACCUCGCCCAAUACCUGAAAUUCCAAAGGGGCAUUUUUUCUCGGAAAACCUAGGUGGGCAAAAAUUUUAGAGUCUUUAAGGCGAGCCUCAGUUAGGCAAAUUUUGUUUACUAAGUGGGCAAUUUUUGUAAAUAAACCCAGGUGGGCAAUUUUUUACCCGCUUCUCCAGGUUCUUGGGUGAGGCUUGAAUUUCUCCUCCGAGCAUUUAUUGUUUAAAAAAUUUCUAAAAUUCUAGAUAUUUUCUGACUACUCAGGUAUUUGAACGAUAGCAAUUGAAGAAAAAAAAGAAAAUAGCAAACUUGAGCUGGUUUUCGUUUUAAAAAUCUUCAUUUCAGGAUGGGAUCAUGCUUCUCAACAUCGAUUGCAAAUCCACCAAGAAAACCUUCACAAAAAUCAACGAUAUCCAAGGUUCGGAAGAUGAUGGAACCAAGCAAGGAAUUGUUAUUCUAAUGCAUUGCAUGAUUUUGGUCGUUUUAUUGAUCUAUGAGACCUUCUUUCUUCUCACUUAUCGCCGAUUCGGUCCAACUGUCGAAAAAUCGAUUCGUGUGAAAGAAGACUCAAGAAAGAAUUGGGCUCAUCAAGCGGUGGAAUUGGUAAGAAUUUGGAGACUAUUUCUUCAUGAAACCUUAAUGAUAGAUGUUUUUUCAGCUUUGCAUUACAAUAAAGAACAAUUUCAUUCAAUUCAUCAAACCACUCAACUUGAAUGAACCAACAAUUCAUGGCAAAGAGCUGGUAAGUAUUAAAAAAGGCCUGUUCUACGAUUCAUUAAAAUUGUUACAGGGAAAGUAUAAGGCAACAUGUCGAUACAAUAUUCCAUGCACCAAAAAAACCCGUGUGAUUCUCAAAGAUCGAGAUGAAAACACGGAUUUCUAUCAUGCGAAUUUCGUUGCAAUUCCAAAUUCCGAAUUGAAAUACAUUGCAUCCAGCAGUCCGAAAGAUGAAGCAAUUCCCAAUUUCAUGCACAUGCUUUAUACAGAAAAGAUCAAAGUGGUUGUAAUGUUAUGCCAGUUGAAGGAAAAGGGUAGAACUAAAUGUGCCACCUAUUUUCCCCAAAAAUUGCAAGAAGUUCUCAAAUUUGAGCAAUAUUCGGUGAAAUUAGUGCAGAUUAAACCAGUUGGUAUAAAAGGUGUUGUAUGGAGAAUCUUGGAAUUGACAUUUGCAAAAGAUGGUGAAUCGAAAAAACGCACGAUCAACCAUAUUCAAUGGAAAGAAUGGCCUGAUCAAUCGAUUCCUGAAAAUCCGCAAGAUGUAUUGGAUAUCAUUGAUAUGGCCAAAAUAGCUAAUGAUAAUGGUCCCACUCCAAUUGUCGUUCAUUGUAGUGCUGGAAUUGGACGCACUGGAACUUAUAUCGGAAUUGAAUAUUGUGAGGAGAAUCUCAAAUGUUUUGCUGAUGUUAGUUUGGUCGAAAAUAUGCGUCAAUUGAGAAAACAAAGACAUGGAUCUGUUCAAAAAGCUUGCCAAUUUGUCUUUUUGUUUGCAGCACUUAUCAAGAAAUUCGAGAAUGUAAGUUUUUUUUAAACACUUUUUCUUACUCAAUGAAAUACGGUUAUUUUCAGCUCGGAUUGAUUGAUGCCUCAAAAACCAAACCGUUCUUCGAUGAUUAUAAAAAGUUUGUAUCGAACGCUGAUAACUUCGACGAUCCAGAAACUGACGAAGUUGAGAAAAAACUCAAAAACAUCGAUUUCAAGAAAAAAGACGAAGAGUAA